GUUCCUCCGGUUGACUUUUACCUGCGCGAGGUUUCAGUCCGUGAUACGAGUGGAAGGGGACAUACAAACAGAAACCACUGCUUGGGUGUAACUCACGCGCGGGCACACGGUUGGAAUUAACGACAAGCCAGCCUGAUUUCGGGCAGAUCUGUAAUCCGCUCUCUGAACGCCACAUGCGGACAAAUCCUCCGCGGGAUAGCCUACCAGGAGUGAGCUGGUGAACCACUGAGAUUGCGGUGGAGAAAUCACUACAAGGUGUCUGGGUGAGAGUGCGUGUCUCCGUCUGGCCAGCUGUGUGUGCGCGUCUGUGUGUGUGUGUGUGUGUGAGUGAGACAAGUCUACUGGAGUCUCCCGGGUUUCCGGGAGACACUGGCUCGGUGACACCGGGACAGUACUCGGUCGCGCGGGGAAGAUGAUGGGUUUCCUGCGCAGGACAUUCAGUCGGCGUUCACGGCGGCGGCCCCGCGCCACUGUGGACGAGCUGGAUGGUCGCGGGGGGAGCGGCUCUGGACAGAAACACCAGCAGCAGGUGAUCCAUCCACCCGUGGUGGUAAGCGGAGGAACACUUGUCCACAUCCCUGCGGCUGGGGGCACUACCUCAACAAUAACCUGUCGCGUGUUGUUACUGGACGGUUCCGACGUGAACGUGGAACUGUCGAAAAAGUCAAAAGGCCAGGACCUGUUUGACCAGAUCAUUUACCAUCUCGACCUGGUGGAGUCGGACUACUUUGGCCUGCAGUAUGUGGACCCUGAGCAGGUGGCGCAAUGGCUGGAUGUGACUAAGCCCAUAAAGAAGCAGAUCAGAAAUGGUCCUCCAUUCGUCCUGUUUUUCAGGGUGAAGUUUUACUCUUCAGAACCCAACAACCUGCAUGAGGAGUUCACCAGGUACCUUUUUGUGUUGCAGCUGAGACAAGAUAUUCUGUCUGGCAAGUUAAAGUGUCCUUAUGAUGUGGUCGUUGAGCUGGGUUCCUACUGCCUCCAGAGUGAGAUGGGGGAUUGUGAUCCGCAGGAACACGCUCCUGUGCUGGUGUCUGAGUUCCGUUUUUCCCCCAAACAGUCAGAAGCUAUGGAGGCUGACAUCUUUCAUAAGUGGAUGGAAUGGAGGGGCAUGAGUCCAUCUCAAGCUGAAAUAAGUUUCCUCAAUAAGUCCAAGUGGCUGGAGAUGUACGGCGUCGACAUGCACGUUGUGAAGGGACGAGAUGGAGGAGAAUAUGCCCUUGGACUAACUCCCACUGGGAUUCUUGUGUUUGAGAAGUCCAACAAAAUAGGCCUUUUCUUUUGGCCUAAAAUUACACGUCUGGACUUCAAGAGGAGUAGAUUAACUUUAGUAGUGGUCGAAGAUGAUGAGAAAGGCCGGGAGCAGGAGCACACCUUUGUGUUCGAGCUGUCGAGUUCGCGCUCCUGUAAGCAGCUGUGGAAGUGUGCGGUGGAGAGCCACGCCUUCUUCCGCCUGCGUCAGCCCGCCAAGAACCAGAGCAGCCGCAGUGACUUCACACGCCUGGGCUCACGCUUCCGCUUCAGUGGGAAGACGGAGUACCAGGCAACACAUGGGGGUCGUUUGAGGAGAACAAGUACAUUUGAGAGGCGACCAAGCAAGAGAUACCCCUCCAGGAGCCAAUCACUAAGCAAGGUUACCACCCCCAAUAAACACCCACACAUCAGUGACCAGAGCAGUCCUGAGGCGAGCCUACACCAGUAUAAACACAACAUUCCUAUUGGUCAGGACUCAUGGCACAGGACCCGCCCCCCAAGCCUGACGCCUCCGCUUUACGUCCAGCCUCCUGAGCUCCAUACACCACCACACAGCUUCCCCAUGAGCAGUGCUGAUGCCCAUCGCUUCAGCCUGGAGGAGAAUGAGGCGCCGUACUCCUCCAUCCGCCACUACUGCCACCACCACAUCUACAGCAACCAAGAAGCACUCGGCCUUACGCUGUCAAAGCCCAAAGCCUGGGCUGUACCCCUACAGCAGCAGCAGCAGCUGGAGGCAGUGGUGGAUUCGUCUCCAUGGCCGACUCUUCACAUCAACAUGAACACGGCGGAGGAGAAGCCCUUGUCUGAGAAGAGCCUGCCCUCGUCGCCCUCCCUCCUGGAGGAGCAGAUGAAGAAGAGCAACGUCCUCCGGGUAUCAAAGGGGGAGCCGGAACAUUCCUCCCCUGCAGCACAGCCUGCCAGGUCUCAGGAGGCAGAAAAACCUAAAGAUCGCCGCCGAAGACUGGUCAGACAGUUUAGCUUUAACCAUAGUGAUGAAGAUGAUCUCCCAGAGGCCCUUGCAGCAAUCUCCUCACAAAGCAGCAUGGGAAAAUCAGGCUCCAUCAGCUCACUGGAUAAACAGAUACAACCACCCAUAUACCCGCCGAUGGACAAGUGUGACUCUCCACUGUUCUACCAGACCUCCAUCCCACACCUACUGCCCUGCAAGCCAGCACAUACUGAGAGUAGUAGUAGUACGGAGGAUCUGAAAAUGGACAGAGAAAAACUGCUGAGGACUCUACUGAUGACCGAACUCUGAGAUUUAUACAUAGACACACACACACACACACACACACACACACAUCAAUACAUUUACAUUGGUAUAUUUUGAAGUACUUUCAGAUUUCCUGAAGUCUCCUUAAAUAAUUGGUCAUUUAAAUACCACAAGAACAACUCAGACAUUGUUGGCUGGAUAUGCAGAUGUUACAAAAAGGUUCAAUAUGAGAUGGAGCCUGAUUUGGGCUCUUAGUUUAAUCUUGUGUGACGCCUUUGAUAUUUAGUACUGGGUUUUUAGUGUCAAGUCUUCAGGGUAUUUACGUGUGUGUGUGUGUGUGUGUGUGUGUGUGUGUGUGUGAGAGAGAGAGAGAUCAAGAGAGAAAGAUAAUGAGGGUGACUGUGUGUGAGAGAAAAGGACAUUAACAGAGUGAGUGAUGUGCAUGUGUGAAACCAAAUUGUAUGUUUAUGAAAGAGAACGCUUGUGAGUGAGUCAGUCAGUCAGAGAGAGAAAGAAAGAAAGAAUGAAAGAAUGUUUGUAUGUGUGUGAGAGAGAGGGAGAUUGAGGUAGAUAGAGAGAGAGGGAGGGAGGGAGAGAGAGAUGGUAAAAGACAACACAUCCCAUCCAUCAGCAUGCGGACUGGUGGAGUGAUAUCUAUGUUGUGUUGUUUUGGACACAGUUGCCAAGCAACGUCCAAGAAAUUCAUCCAAUUUUUAUCCUCUUGCUCACCAAUCUGUUCUUUUGGUCUCAAUAACCAGACUUGAAGAAACAGUCUGACAGAUCUCCCUAGUGUAUAUAUGUAUUUUUUACUUUUGGAUGCCUACUACCUGUCUCCAUUGGACUGAUAUGAAUCAUUCAAGAACUACACAAGUGCCAUCUCACUCUGUCAUACCAUUCUAAUCUGCCAGUGCUGCCAAAGCAUUUCGCAUUGAUUUAAUUGCUUUGAAAGUUUAUGGAAGAAAUAAGCCUUUUUUCAUUGCGGUCCUAAAGUCCUGGUGGGACCGUUGCAAUUUCUAGCAGUGUCAGACGCUAAUAUAGUGCUGAUUGUGCACAGGCUAUGGGGAUUUGUACUGCUCUCGUGUGGCUGCCACUCUUAAUGGGGAGGGAGAGAGUCAAUGGGAUCAGCCCUCCGUCCCUCUCUCAACCCUCUCUCUCCACACUGGGAGACAACCCAUUAGAUCGCUUUAAUGAGUGAAAAUGUUUGAGUGUGUGUGUGUGUGUGUGUGUGUGUGUGUGUGUGUGUGUGUGUGUGUGUGUGUGUGUGUGUGUGUGUGUGUGUGUGUGUGUGUGUGUGUGUGUGUGUGUGUGUGUGUGUGUGUGUUGUUGAAUUUUAUUUGGUGUGUGAGGAAAUGUAUCAGGUUGAAGAGGUAUGGUGUGCUGUGCUCUGUGCAGAGACAGACAGAGAGAGGGGAAGAGGGAGAGAGAGUGUAAGCUUUGUAAAUGAUGCUUCAUGACAAGAGCUUUUAAGCGUGUGUUACUGACGUGAACAAAUGGGGAGAAAAUGUCAAAAAUCCCUCCUCAUCCCCUGAAUAGAUCACUUUUGGCACAGAGACAUUUCAGUCCUAAUAGCAUUUUAUCCUAAUAGCGCCUGAACUUACUGACCCACAUUCGUCCAAUGCAGGCAUGACCAGUGACCAGAGGAGGGCAGCAGACACCACCGCUGUGCAACUCCCACCUGAAAUUCCAAAUUCUUAAACUCCUUCUUUCUUAUAGAUAUGAAGUACAUCAGUCUUUUUACAGAGAUGUUUGUCAAUAGAUUAUUUCUGAAUGACGGACAUGUGUAAACAAGAGUCUUUGUAAAGGAGAAGUGUCCAAUUUCCUGUUCUCAGAGCUGCACUUAGAAGGCAGCUAAGCCUGUAUUUCUAUCUCCAUGUGGACAGUUUUCUUAAGCCUCAUCAGUAUUUCACAUCAUUGUAAAUAAAUUCAAGUGA